CUGCAAAUACCAACUAUUAUACAAAGCGACACAUGUAUUUCAGCCAUCUCCAGAAGGCCGGCUCCGGUGCUCCGACCAGCUGAAGUAUGCAGGUCGUCGUUUGCCAUCUCUUCCUUGGAAUCUGAUCUCGACGCGAACAAGUACGUGUGCUCUGCAACUCUGACAAACCUGUGGGAACUACAUAUUCUGAAACGCGAACAAAGGUGAUUUGAUUUCUUGGGUGGGUGGAAAUAGCAUCGCCAUGAAUAAGAUUUCCGCAUUGCUCGCCGCUUCGGCUUUGGGCACAUCGGCAUCGUUUGCACCAAUUACAUCAUUUCGUACUUCGGAUCCUCGCUCUGUGUCACUAGAUAUGGCCGCUGUCGGAAUAUUUUUCGGCACGUCCACCGGUAGCACCGAAGCAUGCGCGCGGCAGAUAUACAAAGCAUUCGGCAGCGAGUUGGCCGCCGAACCGGUUGACGUCGAAAAUGUAGACAACCUUGUGAAAGCCUUUGGGUCUCAUGAUUCAUUGGUCGUCGGUACUCCUACCUGGAAUACAGGGGCCGAUACAGAACGUAGUGGAACUGGCUGGGACGUGCUCUACUACAACCAACUUGCAUUCAUGAAAAGUACUCUAGAAGGAAAGAAAAUAGCUGUAUUUGGUUUAGGGGAUCAGAUUACAUAUUCUGAAAACUAUGCUGAUGCGACUGGUGAGCUCUUCGAUGUCUUCGAUAGCCUCGGUUGCCAAAUGCUGGGUUUAUGGAGCCGAGAAGGCUACGCAAUUAAAGCAUCGAAGAGUAUUAGGGACGGAAAAUUCUGCGGCUUGCUUCUGGAUGAAGUCAAUCAAGAGGAACUUACGGCUGAGCGUAUCGAGAGAUGGGUGGCCCAGCUGAAAGACGAAGGUAUCUUAGGCAGCAAAAAAGCCUCAUCUCUGCCUACUAUCUCCCCCGAAAUUACGCCUCAUCCUCCUAGUACGAUGCCCCCGAUUUUUAACUACGAUGCAGAUGCAUUAAAAGGUUCUUCAAUGAAUGAAGAGCAGACCGAAACUGAAAGGCUGAUCGAAUAUCGCGAAUUAGAAAGAAAUUCGUUUGAAGAAAAAGAAAGGGUUCGCUCGUCAGAUGACUUUACACCUCAUUUUAAUCCAUUUACGGGCAGGACCAUGUGGACGAGCGCUGAUGGACGUACAUCGUAUGUCACCGUUAAGGAUCCUACGUCUACCCAAAGCAAACUCUCGUCCUAAAAAACCAUACAGUU